UAAUGGGUCCUCAAUUUCCUUCCCUAACAAAGCAAUCUCCAAAAUGCCUGGGGAGGUGUAUCUCCUGUGGCUUCUUUCUCUCAUACAAACGCUGUCGGCAUAUGGAGCCAACUUGUCCUCCGAGUCAUGCAGGGAGCUGGGCUUUUCCAGCAACCUCCUGUGCAGCUCCUGUGACCUGCUGGGGGAGUUCAGCCUGAGCUCGAUCCAGCCUGUCUGCAAACAGUGCUGCCAGCAGGAGGCCCAUAUGGAGUCCAGGAAGCUCUACCCUGGGGCCAUCCUGGAAGUGUGUGGAUGAAAGUUGGGGAGGUUCCCUCAAGUCCAAGCUUUUGUCAGGUCUGACAAGCCGAAGAUGUUCAAGGGUCUUCAAAUUAAGUAUGUGAGAGGCGCAGACCCUAUACUAAAGCUGCUGGACGAUAACGGGAACAUUGCUGAAGAACUCAGCAUCCUCAAGUGGAACACGGAUAGUGUGGAAGAAUUCCUGAGCGAGAAGUUGGAAGUAUAUAAUACCGAUUUGUAGUACUCAUCACCAACAUUUUUUUUUUGGGGGGGGCUACAAAUUUGUGCACUGUUUUGGAUUUUAUUGUUUAAAGGGAAUGCACUAUUGGACUUUUUUUUGUAGUAACUGAAAAUCAUGAACUUCGUCCGUAGAUUUUGUGAACUGACAUGUGCCAGGAUGUAAAACGGAUGUUUAUAGAUUUGUAAAGAUUGAACUACCUGAACUUACCUGCAAAAUACCUGGCAUUAACAUCAAAAUUAUUGAAAUGAAGUAGACAAAGAGAGACUGUAAAGAUGUUCACUGCUUGUUACCUUUUUUGUAGUUUAUUCUCCCAUCUGUCAGUUGUCUCUGUAGUUUAAAAGAAAUAUGACUUAUGGUUUCAGUGGUGGGAUCUUGGGGUGGGGGGGGCCAAGUCAUUCGCUUCAUGCAGAUGUUUCGGGGAGGAACACAUUAGUGAAGGCCUCACAGUAAACCACAUUUUGGGAUGUGAGACCUGAUGUCCCUGUGUGUCACUCUGGGCAUCUUGCAGUGGAGAGAGACUGGAUUCCCCAGUGUGUGAAUUUGAAUGGGGAGGAAAAACGCUACAAUUAAUAAAAUGACUCAAGUUA